AUGCCCGCUACUACCGCGUCCCUUCCACCCAGCUCAGCCCUCCAAAACAUACUCAACACGCAAACUCCUACAACCCCCGAUACUCCUCACCCAGUCUACCUACAUCAUCUCGCAAGUACCAUCCUCCAAAAUUUGCAAUUCCAACAUGACUGGACCUCCCUAACUCUGCACACCCACUCAACCGUCACGAAGCUUCCCCUCCCUCGACCUCUGAUCUCCGGACUCCCUCCCCGCCGCGCUUAUAUUCAUCCUGACGAACAAGUAGAAAUUCUCAAAGCUGAGCAUGACACUGGAGAAUCUAUAGAACAAUUUCCUGAGCGUGAAUGGGUCUUACCAACACAUUUGGACGAGAAAUGGAGUUUGGCACGGUUUGCGGAAGUUUUUGAUGCGGUGGAAACGGUACCUGAGGGGAAAGAAGCUGAGGGGAGGAACGAGAGUGCGGAAGGGAAGAAUGUUGUGGGUGCAAAGUGGCAGGGAGAGAAUAGGCAGAAGAGGAUUUUGUUGGCGACAUUGCAUGACGACAGUACGGUUGUGUACUAUAUCAUACACGACGGAAUUGUAAAGCCGAGACAGAACUGA